UUAGAAGAUUCAUCUCUCAGUUGGGGGAUUAGCACAAACACUAGGCGGGAGUGAAACGUCAUCAAAAUUAGCAGAGGAUGAGAACCAAGAGUCACUCAAAUAGGGCUAAGCCAAAGAACAUGCCUUCUCCUCAACCUUUCACCGGUACUGCUAGGACAGUCCCUCUACUCCUCAGUCAGCAUGAACAAGCAGACAGCCUGAACACCAUUGUCCCUGAAACUGGCAGCGAUGGUGAUGGUUAUGAAGAUCAUGGUAGUAUGGGUCAUGAUAGGAUCGGAAAGCAAUGUGGUUUAAGCCCUGGAAUCGGCGUUAGUAGUUGACAAGAUUGUAUGCAUUUAGAUAGCUUAGACAGAGAGGAGUGUAGGAGGUGCAAGGGUAAACAUGAUGGGCGUGUGUUGAUUUGUAGUGAGAUUGGCUGUCCAAUUGCCAUUCAUGAGAAGUGCAUGUGCUGUAAACCUAUGUUUGAUGACUUUGGACGUUUCUACUGCCCCUAUUGUUCAUAUAAGCGGGCGCUUAGAUGGACACUAGCCUUUGGGAGAAAUGCUAAAGCAGCGAAGAAAGCAUUGUUAGAUUUUCUUGGUGGCAACAAAUACUAUCAGGAGGAUGGGGAAGGUGAGAAGAAUGAGCAUGGUGCAAAGCAUUUGGAUAAUUGUCAAGUUGAAAUAGAGAAAACAGUGGUGGACACUGGUAUAAGGGUAUCAGAGAAGAAUGAACAAAACAUCGAUUCUCACGUUGAAAUAGGGACAACUGUAGAUGGUCUAGUAAUUGGUUUGAAUGGAGUGGACACUGAUAUAAGGGUAUCAGAGAAGAAUGAGCCAAAUGUAGAUUCUCAUCUUGAAAAAGGGACAACUGCAGACGGUCUAGUAAUUGGUUUGAAUGAAGCAGUGGAUGAUGGUAUAAGGGUAUUGGAGGGAAAUAAUGGAAGAAGGGAGGAUGAAGAAUUAAUACAAGGAUUGGAUGAACCUGCAAAUAUUGAUAGGCCAAUUCUUGAGGUGCGUACAAGGCAUAUCAAACGAAGAGCUCAAAGGACUGUACAUGUAGAGAAUGUUGAUUCAUCUGGAAGAUUAUCCCCUCCAUCAAGGAAGUCAUCAAAUCGACCAACUACCAUUGCAGGGGCUACUCCCUCCAAGACAUCCCUGGAAUCCGGGAAACAAUUUACAAAUUUGAAUUUUCCAAAUGCAAAGCGCAAGAGAUUGAAUUGGACAAACGAGGAGGAAGAAAUGUUAAAGAAAGGAGUUGCACGUUUUUCAACUGCAAACAAAAAUAUUCCGUGGCGGAAAAUUUUGGAAUUUGGUUGUCGUGUAUUUAAUGGGACUCGUACCCCAGUUGAUCUCAAGGACAAGUGGAGAAACAUCAAGGACUAAGAAGGCAUUCAACAAAUGAAAAGAAGAUGAACUUCGUCGCAUCAGACUCAUUCAGAAUAGCCUUUUAACUUCAAAAAUGACCCAGCCAUGAGGGAUUGAAACCCUGCCUAACCUUUUAUUCAUGCAACAAAAAUAUAAUCUUUUGAUAUGCAUGGUGCUUUUAACAACUGAAGUAUUCUACAAAUUGAUUUGUUGCAUCUUUUGCUACCUAGA